GCAGGCUUGCGGCCUAGUUCCUGAGGGAGGGCAGCGAAGGGGAGCUCAAGGGGAGGCCGUGCCGGGUCAGUUCGGGUUGUGCCGGUCGCUGCUGCCAUGCCGACCACGAUUGAGAUACCCUCGCUGGACGAGCUCCAAGCGCCGGAGUUAAAUGUGUCGUCCGCUGUCCUCAAAGCAGCCGCCCACCAUUAUGGCUCGCAGUGCGACAAGGCCAACAAGGAGUUCAUGCUGUGUCGCUGGGAGGAGAAGGACCCCCGGAAGUGUUUGAAUGAAGGCAGAGAAAUCAACAAGUGUGCCCUGGACUUCUUCAGGCAGAUCAAGCGGCACUGUGCCGAGCCAUUUACCAGCUAUUGGACCUGUCUCGACCACACUGGCGGGCAGGAGUUUCGCUUCUGCCGAAGCCAGCAGCACCUCUUUGACGAGUGUGUGCUCGAGAAGCUGGGCUGGGUGAGACCUGACCUGGGACACCUUUCCAAGGUCACCAAAGUGCAGACCGACCGGCCGAUCCCCGAGAACCCCUACCAUUCCAAGCCAAGACCGCCGCCAAACCCGCCAGCCGAAGGCGAGUUGAAGCCUUCACGGUACGGUAGCCGGGUUUAUUUCUUUAACUGGUAAAGGGACACGCAGCUCAGAUGGACACCUUGGUCUGUGUGAAACAAGAAGAGUCUUGAAUCUAAAUUCAAGAUUUAGUCUCUGUGAACCUUGAGUCCAAAUUACACUUUACUGAUGUGUAUCAGUGGAAAUCUAUCUCUUCAGAGUCAUUAAAUUUAUGUUCCUUAAAACUG